CCGAGGCGGUCGGGGCCCGUUUCAAACCGGCGGUCGCGGGGCCGCGGCCCGGCACGAGAUGGCGGAGAGCGACAGGGCGGAGGCGGCCGCGCCGCGCCGAGCCGAGGAGGCGGCCGGCCAGGCGCCACAGCCGCCGCCGCAGCAACAGCAGCAGCCGGCGCCGCAACAACAGACGCCGCAACAGCCGCCGCAGGAUGAGGAGGCGGCGGCGGUGGCCGCGGCACCCGGGAGCGGCGCGGGCAGCGCUAAUGGCGUCAAAAUGGAUAAUGAUGAGACAGCAAAAGAAGGGAAAGCACCUGUGAAAGAGAAGUACGUUGCAAAACCGAAGGCAAUCCCUUCUCUUGGAAACAAGAAUAGAUUCCACCCCUAUGCAAAGGAGAAGAAUGCAGGCUCUGGAGACAAGAAGGCUGUUAAUCGCAAUAGAGUUUUUAUUAGCAACAUCCCAUAUGACAUGAAAUGGCAAGCUAUUAAAGACCUGAUGAGAGAGAAAGUUGGUGAGGUUACAUACGUGGAGCUGUUUAAGGAUGCUGAAGGAAAAUCAAGGGGUUGUGGUGUGGUUGAAUUCAAAGAUGAAGAAUUUGUUAAGAAGGCAUUAGACACUAUGAACAAAUAUGAUCUUAGUGGAAGACCCCUGAAUAUUAAAGAGGAUCCUGAAGGGGAACAUGCUCGGAGGGCACUCCAGCGGGGAGGAGGACAGUUCCCAGGAGGACAUGGACCUGAUGCAGCACCUGGAAUGAUGAAUUUACCACCUUCUAUUCUCAAUAACCCCAACAUUCCUCCUGAGGUUAUCAGUAAUUUGCAAGCAGGCAGGCUUGGAUCCACAAUUUUUGUUGCCAAUCUUGACUUCAAAGUUGGCUGGAAGAAACUGAAGGAGGUAUUCAGCUUUGCUGGAACUGUGAAGCGUGCAGACAUCAAAGAAGAUAAAGAUGGCAAGAGUCGAGGAAUGGGAACAGUUACCUUUGAACAAGCAAUUGAAGCUGUUCAAGCAAUAUCUAUGUUCAAUGGGCAAUUCCUGUUUGAUAGACCCAUGCAUGUAAAAAUGGAUGACAAAUCAGUUCCUCAUGAAGACUUCCGUGUUGUGGACAGCAAAAGCGCACAAUUACCUCGUGGUCUUGGUGGCAUUGGUAUGGGACUUGGACCAGGUGGACAGCCCAUCAGUGCAACACAGCUGAGCAUGGGUGGCGGAAUGGGGAGCAUGGGUCCAGGAGGUAUGGGAAUAGACGGCCCAGGAUUUGGUGGAAUGAGUAGAAUGGGAGGCGGACUUCCUGGCUUUCGUGGAAUGGAAGGAAUGCCUAACAUGGGAGGAUUUGGAGUCAACCGAAUGGGAGGUAAAAUGUUCCGUGGUGGAAUGGGAGCAAACAUGGAAAGAGAAUUUGGUCGUGGUGACAUGGCAUUGAACCGUGGUUUUGGAGAGUCUUUUGGAAGGAUGGGUGGUGCAAUGAUUGGUGUUUUUGCAGGAGGAAUGGGAGCACCUAGCAUGGGCCCAGUAAGAUCUGGAAUGAGUGGUGGAAUGGGUGGUAUGAACAAUAUGGCUGGAGGAAUGGGAAUGGAUCGGAUGGGUUCUGGUUUUGAUCGAAUGGGACCAGCCAUGGGUGGAGGCCUGGACAGGAACAUGGACAUCGAUCGAGGAUUUGUGCCUGGCCCGAUGGGAAGUGGCAUGAGGGAGAGAUUAGGCUCUAAAGGCAACCAGAUAUUUGUGAGAAAUCUUCCUUUUGACUUGACCUGGCAGAAGCUGAAGGAGAAAUUCAGUCAAUGUGGUCAUGUAAUGUUUGCAGAAAUAAAAAUGGAGAAUGGAAAAUCAAAGGGCUGUGGAACAGUCAGAUUUGACUCACCAGAAUCUGCUGAAAAGGCCUGUAGGAUAAUGAACGGCAUAAAAAUCAGUGGCAGAGAAAUUGAUGUCCGCUUGGAUCGCAAUGCAUAAUUUAAAACUGUGUGUUCAGGAACAUUCCUAUGUCUGUUUAGCUUCUCUAUCUUAGUAAGUCAUUUUUAGUAACAUUGUAUGCUUACAAAAGCUGUAAAAAGGAACUUUUAAAUCCCACCAGCCUUUAACAGUAUAGUGUUUAAUAUACUGUGGUACUUGUUAACUGAAUCUUACUAUGUUUGGUUUUUAAAGACAAUUUGCCUGAUUUUUGUUGUUUUUUUAGAGGCACUGAGCACCUGCAGGUCCCUAUAGACUGUGGAUGCUUUGGAUGCUCAGUGCCUUUGGAAAAUUAGGCCAAGUGUCUCUAGUCAUUCAGUUUAAAUGAAUGGUUAUACUGUUUUUAAUAAAAUAAGCCAUUUUCUCUGUUAAUCUCCAGAUUGCAUAGUGGGAUUUAUUUAGUGUUUUCUGAUUUUUAUUUUUCCCCUCCAGUGUGUAUCAACCGUGUAAUGUAAAAAGUAGAUGUCUUUUUCAGAAUUUCGGUUUUAUAUGUGUGUUGUAGUCAUACUGUAAUUCUUGACUCUAAAAGAAAGGGCUCCAAUUAGGCUGUGAUGUUUUUGUUCUACUUAAUAUUACUUUAAUGACAUGACUUAGUUCUGUAUAUAAGAUUUAGAGCCCAAUGGGAGUUUGGAGUUGUUUUUUUUUAAAAUUUUAUUUUGACUAAAUGAAGAAACUGAUCUUUUUCUCCUGCUUUUAUUUUUUUCAUCAGCAUAAUCACUGAUUAAAGCUAGUUACCACAGACCCUUGUAGGAUUGUUUCCUAUGAUGCCAAGUUCAUAUAAAAUUGAUAAUACAGUAAAUACUAAGUACAGGACAAGACAAAUUGUUCCCAAUCUUUUAUCUAUUUUCCAGCCAUUCAGGUGAACUGCCAGAAAAAUAAAAACAACAGAACAGAUAAGAGAAAUGGCUGUGUAUGUCAGACCAUUGCUGUUCACUUCUAUGGGUCCUGAUGUAUUUAUGAAGGCAGAUUUUAUAAACCAGGGUAUUCCCAAACAGAGCAUGUCAAAUACAUUGGAUCCUACAAUGUUAGACAUAGCCAUAUCUCCAUUUCCUGUAAAAGAAGAAAUACAAAUAAGUUGGCUUAAUUGUAUCACAUGAAAUUGCCAAACUGUUUUGGAGGAACAGACUGCCAGCCCUCAGUUUCUCACAGAGCACCCCUUUCAGAUUUUGCAUCAAAAGAACCAUAGUCAUGAUUCAACAGAACAUGGUUUUGGGUACCAACCAUAAAAAGUCUCCCUAAAUCACCAGCAUCUGCACAGUUGCACUUAAAAUUAAGCUAGACAGGCUACUAUAAAGUCCAGUUAUGUUUAAAAUACCGAGACCUACAGUUGUGUUCUGCAGUAAAACUGUAAUACUUGAUCAACAACAAAUAAACCAACGUAGAAUACUUCUCUGAGAUACUCUGAGAAGUUUUUAAAUGUCUGAGCCACAGCUUUUUCAGGUAAGCUGUUUAUUUAUUUUUAGUAAACUUAAGCUCUAGAAUCUGGAGCCCAAAUUUUGAGGUUACUCCUUGAAUUUAUCAAAAUAGAAUUUUCUUUUCCUAGUACCUUUUAAACACAUCCAUUGGCAUGAACCUAAGUACUAAAAUCUUUACCUUUUCGAGCCACCAGCACACUUGCAACUGUAUCUGGUACGCUUGUUCCUGCUGCGAGUAAUGUGAGACCCAUUACUGACUCUGGGAUUCCCAGUGUUUCACCUGCAGUUGAGAAAAAACAGUAGAAAAUGCAAGUGUGGUUUUAGUUAGGUUUUAUCCAGAGAAAGUGCUUUGGACUUUGUUUGCUGGAGAAAGAAUCAGUAAUCAUACAGUAAUUUCGAAUGGAAUGUGUCAGCUAACUUGACUACAUGUGAGGUGACUGAACCACAAAGCAGUUAAAGAGUAACAACAAAGAAAUAUCCUUUGUUUGUUCUUCAAGUCUCCAGUGGUCAAGACAAUAGCAAUUUUGAUUUUUUUCUUACAGAUAAAUAGAAGUUUAAAUAUGUAACAAAUUACUACUCUUCCCCCCCCCCCAACUUCUAGAAAAUACUGUAGUCUUUCUUAAGGUUGUGGGCAUCUCCUUGUUAGUGUUCUAAAGUCUCAUGAAGCAAUAACUCUUAAAAUUACCCUCUUCAAUCCCCUCAGGGGCAGGGGAAAAAGCACAUUAAUUUUCUUGGGCAGGACAGUCAUUAAGAUAUUAUGAGAAUACUGUCUCAAUUACAUGCCUUUACCAUUUCACUCCAACUAGAAAGUGACUUGGAAGAAUCAAUGUGCAGAAAUUUUUAUAUGACUUGUAAGUACAAGUAACCCCUUAGAAGUGUGAGUUCCUUUAGGUAAAUACUCAUUUAAAUUAAAAAAAGUUUUAAACUGUUAUUAGAAGGGCAGCUUAUUUUUCCCUACUCUCUAUUUUUCUUAGCCCCAAAUGUCCUGUAACCAUAAUAAUUUCUAACUUAAAAGACAGGGAUUCUUCAAAACCGUUUUAGCAGUUGUACCAUUCAGAAGCAUCAGUAUACUGAAGUAUUUGAUACCUCUAGUCAAGGUAUGAAUUAAUUAAUUUUUCUUAAAACUUUUUUGUUCACUAAAAAGUAUCUUAGAUUUCAGCAAUAAAAAAUAUUGACUUCUUAUUUGAAAUAUUUUGACACAUUUAAUAAGAGCAAUUUUAUUUAAAUAAGAGGCAGUACUCUAAGCUAGGUCAGCAGUGCUUGUCUAUUACUUACCAGCUUAGUCUAGAGCAGCCCAGUAAAUUUAUGUUUGAAACUGUUUGUUGGUUUCAGAGGGACUAACAUGAUCCUGUUGCAGAAUUUGUACUCCCUUUAUCCUUCCAUCACUCCUAAUAGAUUUGUAGGAUGAGGGACCAACAAAUCAGCUUUUAUAAACCAUUCAGGCUGGAAAAUAAUGGUUCAAACCAAGGUGAAAUAUGAAUGAACCAGCCUUAUGUACCCAACAUUAGUUUCUAGCCCUCUGAAGGUUAUAAGACAGAAUGUAAACUCAGGAGAAUCUAAUUUUUCUUUUUAUUAGAUAGAUUUAUCUUCUAUUUAAUGUGUAGGGGUUUAUUUUUUUUCUGGCAACUGACCAUAAAGACAGAAUAGUCUUAUUUUUCUAGGCUUUAGUUAAUUUUGUGUAUCAGUAGCAAUGUGUUGCUAUAAGUAGUCAAAUUUUUUUGAAAAAAAAGAAAGGUGUACUGAGUUAGGUUUUGUUCUUGACCAUCCCAGUGUAGUCCCCAGCUAUGAUACCUUUGUGACAUUCUGGUAGGCUGAUUAUGCAAUGAUAGAACCUUUGAGUCAACCUUCAUGAGAGCCUGGACUUGAAUAUAAUGUGUGUGUAACUUGUAGUGUUUUAACAUGUUAAUAGAAUAUAAUUUACCUAGGAGUAGUGGGCCAAAGACCCCAGCACUACCUGUGAUGACUCUUGAAAGUGAACUAAUACACUCUCUGAAUCUCCACCAUACCUUCUUUCCUAAGAAUUAAUGCUUUGUCUUGUAGAACAGCAAUAAUGUUGACUUGAAUCCUGUUUCAAAGGCUUCUAGCAUCCAGACAGUGAACCCUUGCUCUUUAGGUGCAAGUGGAAAAUUAUUUGACCAAGGGGUUAACAUGGUGGGUAUAAUAUCCAGCGAUCUACUAGUAAUUUCUCAAAGGUUCACCACAUGUGUAGGUCUGUUUCUGCACUGAACAAGGAGUUAUUCAUGUCUGAACUAGUAGAAUGCUUGAGUAGGAUUAGUAAGCUAUAAUGUGAAAAUGGCAAGCUUUGAAAAAUUUCUGUAGAGUUUUAGUUUUGUUUUCUGCUUGUUCUUAAAAUGGAAAACUGGAUGUCUUUCAAGCUGACUGGAGGAACAAUGAAGUGAGGAGCACUUUAAUACCUCGAAGUACUUUUAGGAGAAGGCUUUUACAAACAAGUUAUUACCCCUUCUCUCACUUACAUGCAGUCCUUUGACUGCUUCACUUUAUGAUGCAGAUUUGUAAGAGGUCUACAUAUACAUACCCCAACAAUGUUUAAUAAACACAUUUGACUCGUUUUUUGGCAGUUUAUUUAAUGCCAAAUCUCUUACUAUAACGUUCCUGAAAAACACAGGUGUAGAAAUAACAUAUCCUUUCCAAAAACCUUGACCUCUAAUUCCAGUCUUAGUGGAUUUCAUGUUUGUCAGCCUUCAGCAUGACAAGUUUAUUGCUGUGUGUUUAAUUGUUUUGCUUAAUGAAGCAGUUUAAUGAAACUCUCUGUUUUUAAAAAUAGAUUGGGUUUUUUGUAGCUACAUAAAGUUCUCAUUCAUGUGAUGGUAAGCAGUGUGAAGCAGCUAAAUUCUACAGUGUUCCAUUAUUGGAUAGAAGAGGGUGGCAAACUAAGCAGUCAAACAUAAAUUUCUGUUUUCUUUGUUACCUUUUUUUACAGCACAGUCUGAGUUGCUAAACUGACUGUUGCUUAUGGAAAGGGAAACCUCACAACUUUUUCAGUGAUUCUUGACUGGUAUAGCAACAACACUUUAGGUACCUACCUGCUAUUGUUACCAUCCAUACAAGAACAUAAGUUAUUGCAGAAAUCCAUGCUGCUGAAAUUAAAAAUGUCACCAUGAACCAGUUCCUCCAAAACUGUCUUCUGCAAUCUGGUAUAGUUAAAUAGAGUAGUGUAAUAAUAGGAAGGGAUAACACCCACAAAAUUCUCUUCAUAUCUGCUUCAGGCAUGGUGAAGACAUUUGGAUGAUCUGUUGAAGAAAAAGUAACUUUUAAAUUGUAGUAUUAAGUUUGAAUCCAUAACAUACAGUAUAUUACUGUCCUCUACUUGUGAGAAUACUGAAAAAAGGUGAAAAAUACUACUUCCUCAAGUUUCAGCUGUAGUAUUACCCUGUAUCUACAUCUCUCUGGACAAAAUUCUGAAAUCAAGUUACUUCUGGGGAGACUCUGCUUGUACACAAGAAAACCGUUUUUUCGCAAUGAGAAUAAUCACCAGUAGAAUAAUCUUCCCAGGAAGUGGUGGAUUCCCCAAUGCUGGACACUUCUAAGAUUCAGCUGAACAGGUGCUGGCCCAUCUGGGACCAUGCUUUUGCCAGGGAAGGUUGGACCAGAUGAUCCUUGAGAUUCCGUUCCAACCUAGUAUUCUAUGAGUAAAAUGUUCACCAGUAAGAGAGCUUAUGUGGAUGAAAAUGAAUUUCUUUAUAAAGGUUUACCCAUAACAUUUACCAAGAGUAAGUACCAACUGCUGUUUUUUGCCUAAGAAGAAACAUGACCUGUGGCCACAUCACAGCUAUCCCUUUACUUCUGAUAGCAUGCAUAUUUUGGGCUAUGAACCUUCCACUGUCGUAAGAAAACUGUGUAUAUUAGUACAGUACUGGUGUGGCUUUCAGGUGAUAAUACAUUUUACAAGCAGUGUUGCUGAGAAGUUUCAAAAAUACAUAGCAAAGACUGAAGUUCUAAUACAACACAAAUUCUUGCAUUCCUCUAGCAGCUAACUUCAUAUGAAAACCACCACUCUGAUUUUGCUGAAGGUUAUAUUCCAGGUUAGAAAAAUGAUCUACUUAAAUACUAGGCUGGAGUUCUUUUGUGAGCAAAAUCUUAAUGCUAUCUCAGAGUCUGCUCUUGAUCAGAUUUGAUGCAGACAGGCAUGUGGAGUGCUAGAGACAGCUGUAAUAAUACUUAUACCUUCAGAGAUGUCAUCGAGCCCGUGUAAGCUUGUUGAAAGUUGAGAGUAGUCCAGCUCAUCUUGAAAAAUUCCGCUGUCUGUUCUUGACUGUUGACGAAUUAGAGGUCCACUCUCUUCCCUCCAGCCAACCAGUGGCUGCUGCUCUGCAUUCUCUUCCACAGCUUUUGUAAAACACGUACAGCAGGGACUGAACUUUUUCAUGAGGUAUUGGUUGAUUUUAAUGUCAAAACAUAGCACCAGAACAUAACACCCAUAUAUUAGUAAUAGGGAUGCACUUUCAUACCUAGAAUGAAAAAUAAGUUUUAUAUAACAUGUAGUAUAAAAGAACCCAAUGGUUGGCAUAAGGAGAGAGAGAGAAAAUUUGCAUGAGUAGCAAAAGGAGAACACACAAAAGCAUCUAUUUGCAAUUGUAUGGCUAAUGUCAUGGAAGUUUGUGAGUGUCCCCAUGUCUUUCAGCAGUUUGAUUAACUCCCCUCCCCUGCAGAAUCUUGUCUGUGUAUUGUAUAGCUGCAUGUUUUUCAGGGGAUCUUAUUGAUUGAACGUUUUCCUGAUGUUUGCAAAAUUGAGUCUUCAUGUCCUGCUUAAAUUAUAAACUUCAAGAGACUUAAUGCUGGACCUGACUGUCUUGUUGAGAUAACAGGAGUUUCAGUGUUGAUGGAAGAGUUAAAACAUCAGAAACUCAUGAUCUCCUUCUGGCAGACAAGUGUUUUUCUGAGCAAUGCUGCUAUGAAAGGAAAGGCUCAAAAGGAGUAAAUGCUGAACACUUAACUGCUAUGCCAGAACAGUUGUGAUAGAAAUUGUGAAGUCUGUACAGACAAACCUAUGCAGAUCAAACUUCAUAAAUAUGCAGAGUUUGAAUGUUUAGGUAAUAAUCUUUACAAGCAUUGUAACUUUUUAAGUUUUUUAAAGCCAACAGGAUGUUUAUUUCUGUUAGUGAAUGGCAGUUCAGGCUACUUGAAGUUUGGGGCUUGGGGAUUUUUGUUUGUUUUGAAAAGCAGUCUCACAAAUCUCCAGUCAACAUGAAUUCAACACUACUUGUGCUCUUACCAGUAAAUUCUGUUGUCAGAUAUCAUCGCAAGGACCGCUGCUGCACUGAUGGUGUAGGCCAGACAGUCUCUGAACAGCGGCCAACAGGAUAGCCUCGAAACCUGCAGAUCAGUCAUGUACUUUUCUUAAACCUCUCUGUAAUACUUUCACUAAGUGCUGUAAAUGCUGCAUCAAUAUGUUGUUUCUAUAUUAUGUAAAAAUUAAAGAUUCUUAGGAAUGACUUAAGUAUGAUAUUUAACAAGUUAGUGUUUUUAAAAACUUUCAUAGCAAGUUAUCUUAAAACUGAUUACAUGCUGGUUUUGCUACUAAAUAAUAAACUUGGCAGUUGUCAUAGUAA